AUGUGUGUUUCAGCUGUUGCUGAUGCAGACUCGAUCUCCCUUGACCAGAGUGGAUCUGGAAUUCCCUCAGGAAGGAAGGCCAAGGAUGUUAAGGUUUUGGACCAGAGUGGGUCUGGAAAUCCCCCAGGAAGGAAAGCCAAUGAGGUUAAGGCUCAGUCUGAAUCUGAAAUAGCAGUUGCUGCUCGUCCAGUUGAGCCAUUGAGGAGGAACCCACCAAGAACUGCACGUUGUGACGCGAAGCUUCGACAAUUGAAGGCUCUCAUACCUCCUGUCCCUGUGCAAGAGCAGCGGGUGAAGGAACCAAAACCAACUAAAGUGCAUUUGAAGAAGUUCCCCUUUGGUCGAUUUUUAUGCUUUAGGUGUGAACGUACUCUGCAGGAAGCGUUAUCAGUAGAACGCACUACUUUGCUUCCAUUAGCUGAUGCGCUUUCAGCUGGGGAACGGUUUAAGGAUCUUAUUGCUGCUGGUGAUCCAUCAUUGGGUGCUUUGACAAUGAUAGCUUUGAAAAAGGUGGUCUUUUUCUGGCAGCAUCAUUACUCAACCAAGUUUCAAAUUUUCGAUUUCGAUCACAGCCCGCUUGCCGCUUACAUCUGCAAGUGCAUGAACGCCAGGUAGAUGAUGGUUGCUGCUUCUAUUGUGGCUGCCAGGGAUCGAUGUCAGUUUGCCCAUCCAAAGGAUCCUAAUCCGGCGGAUUUUGCUCCAGUUUUGGGUUUGUUGUUGAAAGCUGUGGGUCAUCUUUGGGCUAUUCUAGCCGUCGAGAAUUCAUUAAGUUUGGAUGAUGUCCUCAAACUCUCAAAGAUCGGGAUCUCGGAGUGGGCAGCCUCAAGAAGAGGUGAUUAGCCGAUUAGGUGAUGAGGAGUUGUGGUCUAUGUUUUUUUUAUAGACUAGUUAUG